UACAUGUAAAUCAUGUUGUAAACUGUGAAAGUGAUGAUGUUAUGUAUGACUGGGACAGUGACAGUGAUGGAGACGACCCUUUUGAUCAUACACCUGACCUUGGUGAUAGUUUGGUGAAUUGGGCUUUGGAGUUUAAUGUAACCAUGGUAGCACUCACUGCCUUGUUAUCCAUGGCUUGUAACAUAUAUAACUAAAUCAUUCAUAAUUCUUGACAUGACAGCUGUGAAUUUUGCACAAUUAGUCAAGUAUCUUUAUAGAUACUUGAAAUGAGGAAAUGCAUGCUCAGUAUCCUACUUUUCUGCUGCCAUGUUUUACUGUUCAUUUUAGUCUCUUAGCAUGACACUGUACAGCACUAACCAGUUUUCACUGUUUGUAAAUGCGCUUUGCAAGUUAAACUUAAUAAUGAAUCUAAUGCAAAUGUCAUAGCCAUAUUUGGAAAAAAUUUGGCAUCUUCCUUAGCAGUCACCACGCAUUGGUCCCCUGAAGCUCCUACAUGUUCUCCACCAGCCCGCAAGAAGCCCCGCACACAGCUUGUGAAUGCUCCCCACAUCAAAGCCCCUGAAGCCCUAUUAGGAGAAAAUUUGCCAUCUUCCUCUAUCACCAUGCCUUGGUCCUCUGUGGUCCCCACACCACCUUGGAAUCCGCCUCGGAGGCCCUCAGAUUCCACUGCAGACCUUAUCCCUCCACGAGAACAGCAUUUGGAUCACUCCAUGACACCAGAACAUGGCCGGGUUUCUGUAGAGGCUGUGCCUACGUCCCUUCUGAGGGAGAUACUUAUCCAGUUGACUACUAUCCGGGAGCAACAAAUGUUCAUUUUGGUUCAACUCCAGUCACACUCCACCGGUCGUCCAGUUUCUGAAGCUCUGCCUGAUGCGUCACACUGUCGACUGCCACUUUCUUCCCAGGAAGACCUUCAGAAUCUGGAGGUCCUCUUGAAGAACCCCGAAGAGAAAAGAAAUUUGACAGUACAUCUGGGAAUUGUGGGGGGAUUGACUGUGAAGGAGACCGUUUGGCGCAUAAUGAAGAGGACAGUAACCACAUCUCUGGCGAAAGGACUGAACUGGAGUGGCGUGAAUGGCAAGCCAGCAUUCAAAAACUUGGCUUUGAAGCUUGUUGUUCUGGAUGCUGUCAGAAGAAACGUGUUGACAAAAGAUGCUUCAGACAAACAAAUUGAACAGUUGAUCACCUGCUGGCUCCAGCUAGCAGCGGACAGAGAUGGAGGAAGGAGUCAAAGGGGUUGUCAGGCUUCCUAAAGGCAUCGUGUUUGUUACACAUUUUUAGUGCGUGUGGUGGUUUGUGUGCACGUGCAUGUGAUUUUAGUUUUUCACAUGAAUGGAAAUGUUUUUUGAAGUUUCAAUUUGAUAUCUUUUAGUUUGAAAUUUUACCCUAUUAACCUGUAGUAUCUCCCAAUGGCAAAAUGCAUUCGAAAUCUGUCACGACCUCCCCUUUGGUUUUUCCUUUUUUGCAACACCGAGUAACAUGGUGGCAAUCUGACCACCAAUCUGUCGAUACACACACUGAAAGGGCAUACAUUUGAGUUUUGUAUUUGGAGUUGUAUGUAUACUUGCAUUAAGGAAAUAAACUGACUGCCAUUGA